GAGCAUCCAGUCAUGCCACAAGCACCUGAUCGAGGAAAAGAAACAACGAAAUUCAUGAUUCCUAAACCUAAGGACAACUGGACAGAUGCUGAGAAGUUUCAAGAAGAAGCCAACUAUCGUGUCUUGUAUGCGAUUAUGAUGGCAGUAGAUCAGACAAGACACAAAAUGAUAGUUCAUUGCAAGACUGUGAAAGAUGCUUGGAGGGUUCUACAGCGUCAAUUCAAAGGUUCAACGGUUGUCAAGGCAUCCAGACUUCAAUGGGUAACUCUUGAAUUCGAUCAGAUCAAAAUGAGGGAUGAAGAGACAAUUGAUGUAUACUAUGCCAGAUUAUGUGAUCUGGUGAAUCAAAGUAUGAUGCUUGGAGAAGAAAUCUCUGAGAAGCGUCAAGUACAAAAGAUUAUGAGAACCGUUGUUCCCAGGUUUAGAGAGAAAAUCACAGCUCUUGAAAGUUUCCAAAGAGUGGCGUCGUUGGAUGUUGAUGAACUUCUUGGAGAACUCAGGACGUUUGAAAUCAACAACAAUUAUGAUAAAAAUUUGAUGUAUGGAACUACAUGGGAAACCUUCCAGAAACUUACCAUAAGUAAGCCUCUAUCUCCAAAAUCUCCUUUGAAGGUUCAUUCUCCUAUGCAGAAAUCUGUUAGUAAAACUUACCAUAACUUUGUUCCUAUUUGUCAUUACUGUGGUGUAACUGGUCACAUACGACCCAAAUGUUAUAAAAUGCAGCAUGAUCUUUGUACAGGUAAUGUUAGGGGUUGGAAUCAGUCUGGCAUUCUGGUGAAGGUUCAUGCCAGAACCCUCCCAAAUAACCGUGCCAAAACUCAUCAAGUGUGGGUUGCUAAAAAAUCCUUCAACUGUUUUGCCUUUGUUCUGUCUCUCAGGACUUCCUUAAAUGGUAAAUGGUAUCAGGACAACGGCUGCUCUAGACACAUGACUGGGGAACCUUCCUACUUGAUGAACAUUCAGUCCGGUUCAAAUGGGGAAGUCACGUUCGGUGACGGUGUUAGCAAUAAGGUUAUUGGAACAUGCUGUUUAAAUUUGGGUGGGUUACCUAAAUUAACUGAUGUUGAAGGUUCUUGUGUACUUACAGGUUCUCGUUCAAUGGAUAACUGUUAUCUUGUUGAUUUUAAUGAAAAAUGCCUUUUCUCAAAUGUGAGCGAACCUGAAAUCUGGCAUCAACGCUUAGGGCAUAUUGGAUACUCUCACCUUGUCAAAUUGACCAAUGCACGUGUAGUCAGGGGUGUUCCAAAGAUUGCUAUGAAGGACCAGCCAAUUUGCGAACCUUGCCAACUAGGUAAGCAAACGAGGACAUCCCACAAGUCACUGAACCACAUUGCUUCUAAACAGAUCCUAGAGCUUCUUCACAUGGAUCUCAUGAGUCCCAUUCAGGUAGAAAGCUAUCAAGGUAAAAAAUAUAUUUUUGUGUGCGUUGAUGAUUUCUCUCGAUAUACUUGUGUUGAUUUUUGCGUGAAAAGUCUGACACAUUCUCUACCUUUAAGUCACUUU